ACAUAACACCAGACUCUUCCAACAUGAGUAAUAAUUAAGCAUUUAUAUAAUCACGCCGCCGUCGAUUUCUACUAACAUAAACCGCCAUUGCUCUCACCUCUACGCCGGUUCUCCGGUGAACUUAUAUUUGUAUUCUCACAGAGUCUUAACACUGUGAUCUCAAGAUAGAAAGCAAUGUCGAUGGUUACUCGAUCUAGACGACUUUUGUCCAUCCUUUUGAGGAACAAAAGAAAUCCUCGCUCAUAUUCCGGUGUCACUUCAGAAGGUCCCCAAAAAUCUAUCAUCUCGUCGUCUAUCCUAGGUGAAGGAAGUGGUGGACCUUUAACUCCUCCACCUCUACCUCUGGAAAGUGAAAUAGUGGGUGGAUCUGGUAGGAAACCAUGGGGUUUUUUCCGGUAUACUUUACUUGCAGCACUUACUGGAGGUGCUGCUACUGCUGGUUAUGCAACCUAUGCAUACACUUUAGAAGAAGUUGACGAGAAGACAAAGAAUUUGCGCGCAUCAGCAAAACUUCCUGUCUUUGAUGAUUUGUCUUUUGAUAAAUUUCAACCUCAGCUGAAAUCAGCUGCAUUGAUAGUUCCUGCCAAGAUGGCUGAGCUGUAUUUGGAUCUGCGUUCAGCUAUAGAAGAACAUGUUCGAGGUUUUACUGAACCCUUGUCAGAGGCACUUCUUCCCGAUUUGCACCCACAAGAGCAACACGUGUUCACGUUAGUGUUGGAUCUCAAUGAAACUUUAUUAUAUUCUGAUUGGAAGCGUGAUCGCGGUUGGAGAACAUUUAAAAGACCAGGAGUUGAUGACUUUUUGGAGCACCUUGCUCAGUUUUAUGAAAUCAUAGUCUAUUCUGAUCAACAGAGCAUGUAUGUUGAUCCUAUUGUUGAUAGAUUGGAUGGAAAACACUGUAUAAGGUAUAGGUUAUCAAGGGCUGCAACAAGAUACCAAGAUGGAAAGCACUAUAGAGACUUGUCAAAGCUUAACAGAGACCCCUCAAGGAUUUUGUAUGUGAGUGGCAAUGCUCUGGAGAGUUGCCUUCAGCCAGAGAAUUGCGUGCCAGUAAAACCGUGGAAAUGUGAAGCUGAUGACACAGCACUUGUGGAUCUUAUACCAUUUCUUGAAUAUGUUGCACUUCAUAGGCCUGCCGAUAUCCGACCGGUACUAGAAUCAUAUCAGGGACGCGACAUAGCCAAAGAGUUCAUUGAACGUACUAAAGAUUAUCGGAAGAGAAUGCAUGAGAAAAGACAAGAGGGCCGUCUGUGGCGACGCUAAUACAACAGUUUCAUGGAGAUGUAGCGAGUAAAUCUGUUAGCGGGUUUGAGAUUGAAAACAACCAUAAGAUUAUUGUUUUGUUUAGGCCAUAUCAUACUAUAUAUCAACAGCAAGGGAAAAACUGUUUAGUUACUCGGUUAGGAUUCAUCCAUCUCGUUUAUUGCCAUGACAUUUUUUGACCUGAAGUGGCUUAACUUCUCAAAAUUUGAGAAUAAAAAAUCGUGCAUGGCUGCGGGAUUUGGCUCUAAAGUUGCAUAUUCUUUUUGCUUGUAGUUGAAUGUUCUUUUGUGUAGCAGUAAAUGGUAAGUUGUCUGCUCUA